AUGUCUCAGAGCUGCUCUGAAGCGGCCUUUCAGAUCAUUUCCUCCCUGCGUUUUGAUCCCGCUUUGCCCAAUGCCUCCUCUUCGCACAAUGCCGCCUAUUACCUUUUCCCUUACCAUUACGAUCGUUUGCUAGCUGCUGCCACUGACUUUCAAUGGACCCUUGCGGUUUCUCGUCUCCAGGAGCGUGGACAUGAUCAUCUUUUAGGCAUUUUAGACCGCGAAAUCCCAUCGCCGUCCCAGCCAUGGCGCAUCCGGCUUUUGAUGGACGAGACGGGGGAGAUCAAGUCCGAGUUCACGUCACUGGCGCCGUCUCCCUCGAAUCUCCUCCUCCUCCCUACCUUGGGCGAGGCAUCUCACCCGUUCUCGUCCUCCGACCAAGCACGGUUUUCCCCGCGUUGGGUCCUCCGGCUGGAUUCUCAACCCACCACACCUUCCCUAUUCACACGCCAUAAAACCACCAGGCGUGGCGCAUAUGAUGCGUCGAGGGCUAGAGCGGGGAUUCGCUCAAGCCAGGAAGCAGUCGAAGUGCUGAUAUACAGCGUGUCAGGGGAAGUGAUGGAAGGGAGCAUUACAACGCCGUACUUCAAACGAAGCCGGAGACGGCCCGGUAGCGAAGACCUAGAGGAGGUAUGGGUAACGCCGCCGUUGUCCAGCGGAGGGAACGCGGGAACUACCCGCCGGUUUAGCCUCGCGACCGGUCUCUGCGUGGAGGAGGUGGUGGGAGUGGACGAUCUGGUGGACGGUGAAGAGGUCUGGUUGAGCAACGGUGUGCGGGGGUUCUUUCCUGCCGUGCUACAGAUUGACGCAUAA